AUGGCGAAGGCUACUGUUACGCAAAGCUCGCUCAACGCCAGUCGGGACCACGAAACUCCCCUAGCAGCUCCUGCGGUGGCACGAUCUCCAUCUAUCAGACAGGAACGACAGCCCAACGCAUCUCGUUCGCGCAACAGCAGUCGGGACAGCACCCAGAUCGUCAAGGAGUCUGUCGAAAAUCUUCUAGAGAACUCUCCUAUUCAGCAGCGGUCCUCACCGACUGUAUCAGAACGACCGUCGGCCCACUUCGUUCCUGCCGACAACAGCGACGAGCUGUACGACGCGACACCUCAGGCCAAGCUUCGGAAAGCACCACGAAAAUUGCCCUCAAAGAACGUCUCCACCGAUGAUACUCAGGCUAUUGCGGGCAAGCUAUUUGACGAUUGCGAGACGCAGCAGGCAGGUGCCGCGUCUACGCCGACAAAGUCCGCAACUCCAGGACGACCGCUAAGCCAACUUUUCUCGGAGGACGCACCAGCACCUGACAACACAGCUAGAGUGGUCUCAAAGCCAAGAGUAUUCACUCAAACAACCAGAUCGAACGAGGUCGAUCCAGCUCCGGCCACGUCAGCGGAGCGACCAGGCAGCAAGGCGAGCCGCAACAACAGCGACCAGAGCAGUGCGGCCAUUUCAACACCCGGUAACCCAAGUGCUAACUCAAAGACGAGCAUAAUGGCUUCCGAUGCCAAGAGUACUGCGACGGCCCACAAGCAAUCGAAGAGCCGGACUGCCUUGCCUAGCACCAGUGCUAAGGCAAAGCUGGAUGCCCUGGAAGCUGCUGAAACAGGCAAGAACGCUAGCGCUCACGUUCCUGCCGUCAAGGCUACUUCCACAACCCAAGCUCUAGUCAGUGUCAAUGCUCAAGCUGGAGCUUCGGAGAAACCGACCACGCGAGGGACGACAAAGAAUGUGCCAGCAGCGGUCAAGGACAGCCUUGUGAAGGAGCAACGAACUCGUCCGGGAAAGUUGACAACGUUGAAGAAACCAAUGGCUGGUACAAAUGCUCCAUUUUCGAAGGACGCCACCGUCAGUGAUUGCGCUGAGGCAGGCACCGGCGCGUCUGCGCAGCGAAGCAUAAAAGUUACUGCCAAGAAUGAUGAGAAGGAUAAACUCACAGCCACCUCCAAGCACAAGCGGAACUCAGGGCCCUUUGUGGAAGACGACGAUGGCAGCGAUACAGCGGGUGAAGCAAAUGGCAACGAGCGUCACAGAGACAAGAAGGAUGACUCCAUCGCGGCAGUCAAGGUGACACACUCAGAGGCAGGAACCAAGCGCAAAGCUCGCCACGUGGAUCCUGACGAGGGCGAUGAAGACCUGGUAGACAGGAUACCCGAAGUUGUCAAGGGGUCAGGCGCCCUUGCUGGUGUUUCCACGAAGAGCAAACGACAGAAACAGGCAGUGAUGUCGUCUUACAAGAACGAUGAGGUCGACGAGAACGACGAUGACUAUGCAACGCCUAAGUCGCCUGUGAAGAAUGCUCCCAAGAACACGAAGAAGAGCAAGACAGCAAGCAAGGUGAAGGCCCCUUCACCAAGUACAGCACGACGGCCAGCAGGGACCACAAGAGGUCGAGUCGGAGCCAACAACAAUACCAAAACACCCAAACAUGGCACUGCCGUUACCAAGAUGCAGGAGCACGCGACAACGCAAGAGAGUGAAGAGCAGGAGACACAUGAUGGGAGUCCAGAUGUUGUGCAGAAGGCGGACCAGACACGCAACUCGUCUGUCGUCCGUGCCGUGCAAUCCCCACAGUCUCGUCAUGACAAAGUUUUCACGGCUGCUGGCAGUAAGGUCGAAGGCAAGAAAGCAGUGCAUCGGAGCCAAGCUCAAGGCAGUGGCAUGCCGGCCAGACAAAAGAAUCCUCCGCCUACGGCGUCGAAUCUAGAAGGCCGGACCCAUGAUAACGCGAUCAUGCUGUCUGAAGGUAAUGAUAGCUCAAGCUCAUUUGCUAGCUCAAUUGCUGGCUCGCCUGCGCGCGAGACUGCGAUCACGACUACGAAGGAUACAACCGCAGAACCGCAAGCGCCAAUGGUUCCAAAGACACCGGCCCCACCCAUGCAAUCAAGUCCACCCAUAAAGAUGGAUAACGAUGCCAUGAAGCUGGCAGAGCUGCAGAUGACUGUGCGGUCGAAUAAGUCGAAUGGGAUCGGCUUCGACAAGUCUGGUCCGAGAAACCAAGGCGUAGCCUCUGUCAAGACACCAGGACCGAAGUCGGUGAAGAAGAUGCCAGUGGCACCCUCUAUUACAAGAUUCAAAGACGAACUAAAACGCAAGGGUGGACCAUCAUCCUUUGCCACCAGCGUACGGAGUGGACCACCUGUGCAGCGGGCCUCAUCGAGCAACCUCGCUUCCAAUGUCGACGAUGCUCUAGGCAAUCUGCGCAGGAAGCCAGCCAAGUAUCCUUUGAGGAUGUUACCAGAGCCUGAAGACAAUGUCGCAAUUCCGCACCGGCAGCAGCAUGCAGUACGCACAGAAGUGGAUCCGGUAGAGGUCGAUGAGUUUACCAACAUUGACGACUACGACGAUGAUGAUGAUACACUCGUGCCAAUGUUCUCGCCACCAAAGUCGGCAACUCCGAAGCUGAACGCCGAGCAGCAGGUCCGGCCAGCGCCUGUCAAGACCCGUGCUGCGAAUGUAAGAGCUGGUGGCCAUGUUCAGCGGCAAGUUCACGGGGGUAUCACCACUGAGCCUGUCACAUUGGAGGCAGUACCACCAAUACCAACACAAGCGGGCGUAAGUGAGAGUCUUCCGCAGAAACCACAACAACCGGCGCCCUCGAAGCCAAAGCUCAUUGCUGACGAACAAGGUGUGAAGCUGCCUUCGAAAAGAUUGCCUCCCAUGGACCAGGAGAACAGGCCCGCCGCGAAGCGAUCGAAGGCCGAUAUUAGCGACGACAAUAUCAUGGAUCACGGCAAGCGACGCACCAGGGCAGUCCAAGGUCCCCUGCAGCCAGACCAAAGCCCGUCUCAGGGCAAGGCAUUUGGCCUCAUGCCGAGGCAAACUGAGCCCGGAAGACCUUUCGAGAAGUCCGUACCUGCCCCAAUUCAGAUCCCCGAGCGCACACGACCUGUUAGGGCACGCCUGAACAGACAAACGACGAAUGGCUCCCAGAGAGUCGACAUGUGCGGUAGCCCUGUACCUCCACGGAUGGUCGUCGGUCAUGCAAAGACUGUUUUGGAGACUUUCUCGCAGCAGGCUGGCCUGGUCUCUGACCGGGACGCUGUCGAGAGGACACUCAAAAAGCACCUUCCGCAGCUCCCAGCAGGCGUCCAGCAGCCGGAAAAUGACUUGCGAUACAAUGGCCCGCAGUUUCACCAGCCACAGCCCUUAUCAAGCAACACAAAGCCCGUCCCAGCUGCCCCGCAAGCAGACUCUGCAAUGGUUCCUAGACUGGAGCUGAGCGAGUCGCAGUCGGAGAAGUUUCUCGACAAGCGUGAUGAUCUUGCUAGAAUGCUCAAUCCCUUCUCCGGAUCGAAGAAAGAUGCCAUCACUCAAGGCUCUGAGAUCGCUAUGCAGGCAGUGGGUGGAAUGGCAGAGCAGCUUGACGAGCAGACGACUCUCAUUGAGGACGCAUAUGUCUUGGAGGAAGCAGACGGCCAUACCACCAUGAUCCGCACGAAGCCUAACGUGCAGCAGAGCCAGCGGCCAUUUUCAAAUCGGACAAGCAGCGAAGACGAUGGCGAUCUGUCCGACGACGACCUGUCCAGGCUGCGUGCCGUCGCAUCUUUGACACGCCGCCAGCCGGAAGAAGAUCCAGACAGGACCCUCGUCAACGACGAUGAUAGUAACGACUUCCGGGAUCAAGUAGGGAAUGUGCCAAACCAAGAAGCUCAACACGGACUCGAGGAUCCUGAGUUCUCGGAUCCCGCCUCAGAUGAUCUAAUGGCAUGGCGCAAGACACUGAAGCCGCACCAACUGAAUCUUUCAAAUGAGCUGAUCAAGGUUGCCCAGCGCCUUACGAAGAUCUUUGUCCAGCAUGAGAACAGUCUCUCGCGCAACGCGGAGAACGCGGAUCGACAAAACAUCUACGACGUCGGGCAGGAGGAGAUCGCUCGUGCUCAGCUCUACGCAACGAAGAUGGAGGAGCUACGGCGAUUGAAACGAGCACACAAGAAAGACUUAAAGAAAUGCCAGUCGAAUCUUGUAGAGCAACUCGAGCAGAAGAAAAAAGAGCAGGAGGAGAGGGAGGUCAAGUUUGCGCAGUGGGAGGAGGAGAACGACAAUUUGGAGUCGCUGGUCAGUAAGCUUUCGUGA